AUGGAAGACGGGUCCUUGCACAAUGAGGUUAAGAUCUCAGAAACACCCAGCAUACAGGUCAACCGACCUGUCUAUCGCAUGUCCGCUUUACGAGACCAGUUCUUGAAGAGCUACAUAUACACAGCCUGUGUGAUGACCUGUAACAUUGGCAUCUACUCUCUAAUGUUUCCAGCCCCCAGCGCCACCCAAGCCCAAGCUAGAGAGCCUGAAAGAGAAGCUAGGGCGAGCUUGCUACUGCGACAAAGAACGCGCCAAACGGACGUGCAUGAGUGUUUUUCCUUUCUGCGCAUGUUCCGCAAGUACCAAUGGCGGAGCGACCUCAUCAAUGACCUCAUUUCCGGUUUAACGGUGGGCAUCAUGCAGCUGCCUCAAGGGAUGGCCUACGCCAUGCUAGCGGAGCUGCCCCCGGUGGUGGGUCUCUACAUGUCCUUCUUUCCAGUCAUCAUCUACUUCCUGUUCGGGACCUCGCGCAGGUACACUAUGUGUGCAGGCACCGUGGCUGUGGUCAGCUUGAUGACUGGCGCCAUCGUUGCCCAGGAAACCGAAGCCUGGAAGGCAGGACGAUCCGUUAUACCCGCCGUGGAGAUGAACGCAACAACCACCACGACUGCGGCGCCUAUAAUGUCCACUGUCUUCGCUGCACUGGACGGUAACGCCACCACCACCACCAAGGCAGCGACGACGACUGGAUACGACGCGGAGGAAGAGGUUUUCCGCAUUAAGAUCGCGACAACCGUGGCCUUCAUCACGGGCCUGGCGCAGAUCGCCAUGGGCCUGUGUCGUAUCGGCUUUCUGACAACAUACAUGGGGGAUGCCCUGGUGUCGGGCUUCACCACGGGGGCUGCGGUGCACGUCUUUACCUCGCAGGUGAAGUACGCCCUGGGGGUCAAGAUCCCGCGGUUUGAAGGCAACUUUCAGGUCGGCGAGACGUAUAUUGCUGUAUUUAAAGUCAUCGCCAAAACCAACAUCGCCGAGCUGGUCAUCACACUUAUCUGCAUUAUCUUUAUCUACGUCGUCAAAGAACAUGUCAACAGUCGCAUCAAGGCCAAGUGUCGGAUACCCAUCCCAGUGGAACUCAUUGUGGUCAUAGCUGGAACACUGGCCAGCCAGUAUGGAAACUUCCGCAGCAUGUGGGGCAUCCGCACUGUAGGAUACAUUCCUGCAGGCCUGCCUGCACCGUCAGUGCCUUCCUUCACCAACGUCAACAACUACGGCUUCCAGAGCGUGGUGGUGGGCAUCGUGGCCUUCGCACAGUCCGUGUCGCUGGCGGCGCUGAUGGCCAAGAAACACCACUACGACAUCGACGCCAACAAGGAGCUGAUAGGUUACGGUGCCGGUACUUUCUUCGGCUCCUUCUUCUCCUGUUACCCCAUCGCCGCCUCCGUCUCCAGGAGCUCGGUGCAGGAUGCAGCGGGUGGCCGCACUCAGUUGGCCAGCCUGGUGUCUGCUCUCCUUGUGCUUGUCGUCAUCCUUUUCAUCGGCCCUCUCUUCAAAGAACUUCCAAGCUGCUGUCUGUCAGCUAUCAUCAUGGUGGCGCUGCGCUCCAUGUUCCUGCAAGUGUUGGAGCUGAAGAAGAUGUACAGAGUAUCUCCGUACGACUGUGUCAUCUGGAUUGUAACCUUCCUGUCAGUGGUUGUCCUCAACGUAGACCUCGGGCUGUAUAUCGGCAUCGUCUUCUCCUUCUUCACUGUCGUCGUUCGGUCCCAGAUGACUUCUGUCAAAACGGUGGAAAAUCUUGUCGACACCGACAUCUACAAGUCGUCGAAGCUGUACGAUAAGACUGAGUCUCGUUCUGACAUAAGAGUGGUGACGUACAACACACCUCUGUACUACGCCAAUGGCGACCUCUUCAUGAAGAAUGUUUACCGCACCACAGGGGCUCACCCAGAGAAGCUUCGCAAAGCGCUCAAGAGGAUUCAGCGCAGUACCAAGGUGCAGAACGCGCAGGAUGUUAUCGUGGACCCCUCCAUGGUGGUGGAGCUGGAGAUCGUGGGCCCCGGAGCAGCCAACCACGACAGUAGCAACGGCGUCAAGACGAUGAACGGUUCGACACCCGCCCAGAGCCUCGAGACCCCCGCCCCUUCCACUCUCAUCAUCGACUGCAGCAGCAUCCCCUUUGUGGACAAUGUCGGAGCCAAAGUACUGAAGCAGAUGAUCGAUGACUAUAAAGGUGUGGGCAUCACUGUAUAUCUGGGAGGAGUGAGGGACGAAGUGUGGCGGGCACUAGAGGGCGCGGAGGUCACCGCCAAGCACGCGCCCAGCAUCUACCUCACUGUGUACGACGCCGUGCAGGCGGCACAAGAGGACCAACGCAAAGACAAACACUUAGAGGAAAUGAAUUCUAAGCACACCAACUCGGAUCCUGAGGCCACGGCACAUGACCAGCUGCUGACGAGGGUUGAAAGUCACCAAGUUUAACCUACAUCACCCACAUGUAGGAUGACGGCUGUGGGAUGGUGAUCAGGACGAUCACUCUCGUCCACUUCACAGGAACAAGUGAACACUUCAGCCCAUGGCCUUCACCUUCCCGAGGGCACGGCCAGCAAUAAUCUCAUUCGUCAGUCACGUGACCUUUCUACUCAACGUCUUCUGAAGAGCCGAGAGACAGAGAGAUCAUGUUAUAAAUAUUAAUGUAGUAUUCACAUGGUCUCACCCUUGUAAUUGACUACAUUUCACUUGAGAAACGUGUAUCCACGUCUGGGGGAUGGAGGUACAGUGACGGUUGGGGGAAGUGAAACUGGAAAAGGACGAGACUUGCGCGAGAGGAGGGCAAGUGUUGCACGUCCUAGCCUCACGUGUCUUGUGUUCAGACAAAUGGUGGACUUCCAGCUGCCUGUACCUGAGGCAUCCUUCAACCAGGAAUCACAUCCAACUGUUUGUGCUUGAACAUAAUUAGCUACCACUUAGUGCCUUGGUUGUCUUCGGAGAGGACGAAUGCUAACUGAAGCGAGAACCGCUGACUGUGAACGUCACUGUCACUGGCUGUGAUCGUCACUGUCACUGGCUGUGGCCUGCAGUCUCUAACUUACUCUGUAUGUGUUAGUGAGCUGCACUCACUCACAGCGGAUGGAGCCAGUUGUGCCUUAAUUCACAAGUUGCUGAGGACGACCAGCUAGCUAACCUCAAGACUAAGAUCUCAUUCAUACUGUGCUUUAUUAUUUCAUUCUGUGUUUAGGAAUAAACUUUUUGUUUACACAGGUGUCUACAGGAAGUCACAACUAGCAGAACUGCUUAGUCACUGUCUAAACAAACAAACAAACACACACAUACACACAAAACACACACAAGACACACACACACACACAUUCAGACGAACAGUAAAGCUCUGUUUAGCUCAGCUGUCUUGAGUGUUUGUGAUCUUAUUUACCUGUUCAGUUCUCUUUAUAUGAUCUUAUUUACCUGUUCAGCCAUCUUUAUGUCUGGCGGCCCUUAACGUUUCCAUUUCUGAGAACUUAACAGACAGAACUGAGAAGCAAAACAUUAAUGGUUAUCAUUCUAUCAGAACAAUACCAAGUGAAAAUGUUCUGCACUAUUUUUACUAUUCAAUAAUUUCAAAUUUUGUUGGACAUCACAUUCCAAAUUCCUUGAAUACUUUGAAAGUGGAUCAUGUUAAUGUCACGUAAAUCAUUACUUUUGCUACCAUUUUCUGGAAGGAAAAUUAAGAAUGGGUAGUUGUGGUUUAUAUGUCCACCUGGCUUUGUUUUGUGGGAAAUAAAAUUGUUUGUCAAGGUAACCAGUAACUAGUAGUAGUUGUGUACAGGUACACGGCGUUUUAUUAUGGGCUUCAACAAAUAGUAAUCUGUUUACUGUAUUUUCUUUUUAUGUUUAAGUUCUGGUUAGUUUCAGAUGGAUGAUUAGAAAGUCAUGUAAAGUGGUGCUAUGUAGUAACACUUAAAUUAAGAGCAGGCAUUGAUGUUGUCCGCUGCUUCGCAGAUUAUUUUCCAAUAAGAUUUUGCAAUAUUGUAAAUAAUAUGUACUUCAGUGAUGUCUAAGUGGUCGUCUGCUGCCGUGAUGUUGGUAAAAUAGCAUCAGGAUUCAACAGGAUGUUUAGAGAGACUAUAAUGUCACAACUGCACUGUAUUUGACAUGGGGAGCCACUAUCAUGCAACAUCAGAAUAUUGAAACACCUUGUUCGGACAGUGCGCUUGGUGGCUUUUCAAGAGAAACUUGCACACUUCUGUAAAUACAUCUUGCUGGCCUGAUUAUGACAAAUAAUCACAAAGACUGAGCAAGUACAGAAUCAGGUGUGCGAGAUCGCCAAGUUGUGUUCACUGUCCAGGCUACCAGGUGUGAGUGAGACAGGUGAGGAUGUGUGUAUGACAGCCAGGCACAGGUGUAUAGGGCAAAGACAAGUAAAACUCUUUGGUAUAGUCCAGCAAAGAUGUAUAUUUGAAAGCCAGGCUCACACGUCUGUGGGAUAGCCAGAUGUUUGUGGGAUAGCCAGGCGAACGUAUGUGAGAUAGUAUGUUUACGAUGUAUAUGCAUAGCCAGGCUAUAGUCUACCAUUGUAACCGCAAUCAAUUAUACUGUAAUGAUGAUGACGGUAUACAACAGUAUAUUUUGAUACAUGCAAUUUAUAAUUUUAAGACUUUGCUGACUUUUGUCUUUGGAUUCACAUUAAAUUCGAGAGAGAGAGAGAAGGAGAGACUACAAAAAUACGUUAAAGUCGUUUACUGCGUUAAGAGACAAUGACGUCAUCAUGGGACAACAGUGACGUGCUUCCGACACGUGAUGUCAGCUGACUCUGGGAGACAAAGGUCACAUCCUGUCUGCAGUUAAUGAGGAACAAAAAGAAACAAAAAAAGAAAGAAUGUGGUUGACUAGUUCCAUACUACGCGAUUCACGCAAUCGAAGUCUCGAAAAUGUGAAGCCGCUGUACCGGACAACAGCCCGAGACCAAUCCCAAUAAAACAAAGAUUUAUCUACUUGAAAAUAAUCCUCUUUUCAUCUGGUUUCAAGACACGCGGUCACAGAAUACUGUGAGUGUGAGUGGCCACAUUCUGGAAGAACUCUCUAGAGCUUGCAUCGUCCCCACAUCCAGGGCCAUGAAGCCAACAUCCACUGAUUCCCUUCUUUCAAAGAUACAAUAGUUCGGCGAAAACACUUUGUGGUAACGGUUGUACAACAGGAAAAAAUUCAGGAGCGGUGUACAGGUGAAAGUAAGAAAAUCUUUUUAUAGCAAAGAGACGAUUUUGUACCAGAUUUCCACCGCUUUUUGCCUUUAAAAGGGAGUCCUUGUCGAAGAGAACGAAAUCCAAUCGCUUGACAGUGAUGUUUUUCUGAGUUCACUAAAAUAUAUGUUGAUAAAAAAACAAACCCGUGUUGAUUUAAGAACCUUUCUUACCUUGGCGUGAACCACGGAUACAGAAAGACUAUGCAUCUUUUCUUAGAAUGAGUGAAACACAGAAUGUUCUUUUUCAAUAAUGGGAUGAUCGGUUGAUCAUGCAACUCCACAAAUGGAUCAGAGUAGUUUCUUGCUAAUUUGUGCUCAGGAAAGAUGGAGAGUCUAGUCUGUUUUAUUUAUAGAAAGUUUAAGUUUUCUUCUGAACAAAACUUUGCAUUGUUGAACACCUGACGGCAUCGUUAAUUAAAUAACUAAUUAAUUAAUUAACAGGUAUGUCAAUGCGGGUUAAACUCUCCCUCCCACGGCAUCUGACAAUCAUCCGUUCGGUGCCUAUGGUAACGGCGUGUGUACUUGUGUAUCCGUGUGUAAUGCUCGUGAGCAUGGUGUGUGUGUGUACAUGUGUGUGUUUGUGUUUGAUGAGAUUCGUUCGUGUGUGACUUGUACGUGUAUCCAUGCGUGUACUCAUGUUUAAUAAGACUGCAAUGUUCUACUUUUGGUCCUGUCUGAAAGUUGUUUUUCCAGAUGACACUCGCUGACUGCUUGCUUAUAACCAUCCAAAGCAUGGUAUGUGUAUUUAUCUGCUGAUAGGUGGCAUUAGAUGAUGAUCAUCAUCACAGCUUGACUUACUGGGGACCAGACGAGUGAUGCUGCUUUAUUACCUGGUCUUUCUUCCAGAAACUCUGUCACACAGGAAAUUGUUUUAUUCUUUGUGGGCAAAGGACGGAGUGGACUUACUACUGAUGUAUCUACUGAAUACUCCUCACUGAUGUAGCUGCUGAAUAUUCUUUACUGAUGUACAUGACCAAACUUCAUGAUGUGGCUGUGAAUUGAAUUCAUGAGGAGAAUACAAACUUGUACAGUUGUUGAUUGUAACCGAUAUUACACUGGCAUUAUGUAGUCUAGAAUUUGAGUUUAUUUUUGACAUUGUUUCUUUGAUUUAUGGGGCUGUGUGGGACUAAAGCCGAAAUGUUCUAUUUUGAUUUUGAUAUGGAGGAAUAAAAUGAAUACGCAGGUUUUA